ACGUAACCGGAUUUCCGGUCUCGCUCCCACUGUUGGGAACGGGUUGUGUCUGGCGUUCUAGCCCGCGUCUCGGCCUCGCCUCUGCUCUGCGUCCUCCGCCGCUGCGGUGAGCGGCGCGUCCUCGCGGGGCCGCGCGACGUGGAAAGAAGGGAACAUGCCGAAAAAAAAGACUGGUGCGAGGAAGAAGGCAGAGAACCGCCGAGAACGCGAGAAACAGCUCCGGGCAUCAAGAAGUACUGUCGACCUAGCCAAGCACCCGUGCAAUGCUUCCAUGGAAUGCGACAAAUGUCAGAGGCGGCAGAAGAAUAGAGCCUUUUGCUAUUUUUGUAAUUCUGUUCAGAAGUUACCAAUUUGUGCACAGUGUGGAAAAACAAAGUGCAUGAUGAAGUCUUCCGACUGUGUCAUCAAGCAUGCUGGUGUGUACAGCACUGGCCUUGCUAUGGUGGGUGCAAUAUGUGACUUCUGCGAAGCUUGGGUUUGCCACGGGAGGAAGUGUCUGAGCACCCAUGCCUGUGCCUGCCCACUCACGGAUGCAGAGUGUGUGGAGUGUGAGCGAGGGGUAUGGGACCAUGGAGGCAGAAUAUUCAGCUGCUCGUUUUGCCAUAAUUUUCUCUGUGAAGAUGACCAGUUUGAGCAUCAAGCCAGCUGCCAAGUUUUAGAAGCAGAAACAUUUAAAUGUGUAUCCUGCAAUCGACUUGGCCAGCAUUCAUGUCUCCGCUGUAAGGCUUGUUUCUGUGAUGAACAUACAAGGAGCAAAGUGUUUAAGCAAGAAAAAGGGAAACAACCUCCUUGCCCUAAAUGUGGGCAUGAAACGCAGGAGACCAAGGAUCUUAGCAUGUCAACACGCUCCUUGAAAUUUGGCAGGCAGACUGGAGGAGAAGAAGGAAAUGGAGCUUCUGGGUAUGAUGCUUACUGGAAGAACCUGUCAUCGGACAAGUAUGGAGAUACUGGAUACCAUGAUGAGGAGGAGGAUGAAGCAGAGGAUGAAGAGGAAGAAGAAGGGAAGGACUCAGAUGCUGAGUCAUCAGACCUGUUCAACAAUUUGAACUUAGGAAGGACCUACGCCAGUGGCUAUGCUCACUAUGAGGAGCAGGAGAACUAGGAGCCCUGCUGGUCUAACGGCACUUGUGGAAAGAGCAGGCUGAAUCAUGAGGAUGCUCAAACGUACCCUCCCUUGGCCUUGUCCAAAAGGCUAGUCACUAGGCUCAGGGGUAGGUUCUAGCAGUUCUAUAGAACUGCUAUGUGAGGUUGCAGUGUACGUAAAGUGAGUUAAAUGUAAGACAAAUGGAGUAUCAUGGAUUGGAUUAUUACUGAGUUAAUAAUCUGGUAGGUUUUGCCAGUUGGAAACAUAAUAAAAUACAUGAUAAAGGAAUAGAAAGGAAAUAUAUUUAUUUGAAAUUAAAUUACUGUCUUUACUAAAGGCACUGCAUAUAAAUUCGUGUCCCUGACUUUACAAAGUGUAACGGGUAAAAUUACUUCAGUCCAUACAAUGGUAGUCAUGCUCUAUUCUGUUUCACUGACUUCGUGCUGUGUAAUAUUCACGUCUGCAUUCGUGGUUGAGAUGUUCACCGUUUUCUUACAGUGUAUGUCCUCUGCAGUGCUUGUCACUGUCUCAGAAAUCUCACUGUUUUCAUCCCUGUAAUGGCAGGACUAGUGAUGCUGAUGCUUCACCCAGAGAAUCUCAUUUUAAAAUAAAUUUAGUAUUAUACUUGAA